AUGCCUUUGCUUGCUACUUCCAGCACGGGUGCCAUAAGUUCACCAUCACAGCCUCCCAACGCUUCGUACCCCCCUCCAUCCGAUGACCGUGAUGAUGCUUUGGCUCAGGCUGAAAUUGCCAUUUUGGCUUCCAUCUUCCUGCUGGCCACUCUGAGCAAUGCCCUGGUGCUUGGAGCUCUCUUCCGCCAGGGUCGGCGGGCCAGCCCAAUGCAUCGAUUCAUCCAACACCUCUGCCUGGCCGAUAUGACGGUGGCCCUCUUCCAAGUCCUCCCUCAGCUCAUUUGGGACAUCACCGAUCGCUUCCAAGGCCCAGACAUCUUAUGCCGUGCCGUCACUUAUUUGCAGGUGGUCGGAAUGUUCGCCUCGUCCUACGUUAUCGUGGCCAUGACCUAUGAUCGCUACCGUGCCAUUUGCCGGCCCAUGCUGGCUUUUCGGAGGGGAACAACCUCACGGCAUCGACCUGUGCUAUUGGCCUGGGCAGCAUCCUUCCUUCUGAGCCUCCCACAGUUUUUCAUCUUCUCCAAAACGGAACUGCCUAGUGGAGCCCAUGAGUGCUGGGCAGCCUUUGCGGAACCCUGGGGAGCCCGGGCCUACAUCACCUGGGUGUUUCUGAUGGUCUUCCUCCUUCCCACCUUCUUCAUUGCCACCUGCCAAGGCAUGAUCUUCUGCGAGGUCUAUCACAGCCUGCGUUUGGGGCCAGAAGCAGCCCUGGCUCGUAAGGGGAGCCAACAAGGAGCCUCUCCUAUAUCUGGCGCUGUAGCAAAGACUCUUAAGAUGACACUGGUUAUCGUGCUCACCUAUAUUUUCUGCUGGGCCCCCUUCUUCCUCGUACAACUGUGGGCUGUUUGGGAUCCUCAACCACCCACUGAAGGUCCAGCUUUCACCCUCCUGAUGCUCGUUGCUAGCCUCAACAGCUGCACAAACCCCUGGGUCUAUGCCACAUUCAGCAACAGCAUCUCAAGCGAACUGCGCCGAAUCUUCUGCCCCAGAUGGGCCCACCGGAAAGUCAGCUCCCUGUAUGAAGACUCCAUUCUCACAGGCAGCUUCUCCCUGGGCCGAGACACUCUUUCCUGA